GCAACUGUCUAGAUAAGUGUGGCAAAAAGGCUAUGCGGUCAACGUUUUUUCCUCUGAGGAAUCACCAUCAACCAUCAACGCCCGUCUUGAUUAGUGGAAGAGAGAGAGAGAGGGCGUCGGUUCCUUCGCUUUACUUUUGCCUCGUCGAUCGUUCGUUGGCCAACAACCGCCGACUCCCGCUUGCAAACAAGCAGCAGCGAGAGGGGGGAGAAGAAAAGAAUCUGCUUUUCCUUUCUAUCGAUCCAUUCCGUCGCUCCCCGAGCGCAGCGCAGAGAAGAUCCAGGGAGAAAGCGGGGGUUUUGGUGGGUGGAAGUUGCGAAUGGACCGGAAAGUAGUGGCCGUCUGCGUCGGCGUGGCCUUCCUGGGUCUCCUCUCUGCGGCGCUUGCCUUCGCUGCCGAGGCAACUAGGACUCAGGUACGUUAAAAAGUUGAAGCUGAAACUGAAUCUGAAUCUGAAUCAGACAAAGAAGAGCAACUAGUGAACCUGGUAAGUAAGGUGUUCACUAGACAUAAGAAAAGCUUCACCAAACGCGAUAUGAAGAAGAUGUUCAAGUCUGCAUUUAAUAACUCAAAGGCAAAUGUCAUAUGCUAUGGCUGCAACAAGAAGGAGCACUUUAAACACGAAUCCCCGAACGAAAACCAAGUCAAGAAGACAAAGUAAAAGAAAGUACUAAAAGCGACUUGGGACGAGUCUUCGGACGGAUCGAGAGCAAACGAACCAAAGCAAGCAAGCUACCUUGGAUUGAUGGCAAUGGGAGGCAAUUCGGACGAAGAAUACGAGUCUGAAUAGGAGUCGAGCCACAAAUCUUCAUCCGGGUCAGACCGACCUGAGGCUUCUGAUGUUCAAACAGAAGAUGGACUAUGCAUAUACCCUAAGAGCCCUGCACUAGUACUAGGUUUAGUAUCAUCCUUGGCUCUUGUUAUGGCUCAGGUAACAAUAAACAUUGUUGCUGGAUGUAUCUGUUGCAAGAAGCACUCUGGCCCACCAAACACCAAUUGGACAAUAGGGUUGAUAUCCUUCAUUGCUUCUUGGGUCUCUUUUAUAUUAGCCUUCCUUUUGCUGCUGACUGGCGCUGCCUUAAACGAUCAGAGGAGCCAAGAAAUGAUGUAUUUUGGCUACUGCUAUGUCGUCAAGCCUGGAGUAUUCGCCGGAGGGGCAGUGUUAUCCCUUGCAAGUAUCGCUCUCGGGAUAGUCUACUACGUUGCCCUAUCUUCACAAAAUGCUCAAAUUUGCGACACUCAACAAAACCAAGGUAUCGCAAUGGGGAAUCCUCAGUUCCCAGCCCAUGUCACUCCUGUUUUUGUUCAUGAAGAUACCUACAACCGGCGGCAAUUUCCCUGAUAAGCACAGAAUCCACUGUAUCAGCCAUAGAUUGCUGUUUGUCUGUUCAGCAGCUACAAUGAUGCAGGGUUGCGAUACAUGCAGAUUUAACAUUCAGUGGGGUUUCGCCCAAAAUGAAGAAAGGUGCUCAUGUAAUUUGUUGCAUUAGCAAUGAUGCUUGAUAUUCUUGUUUGGGUGCUGGAGUUCUUCUGUUUCUUUCAACAAAAUUGUAUUUUUAAUUCAAUUGAACUGAGCCAAAUAAGUUGUACAUGUUUGGCUGGGGGCAUACCUUGACACUGAUUUGGUCGAUCGUAAAUUUGCCCACAAGCCUGAUCCGUAGUUGGGUUAAUGGAUUGGUUAUCCAUUGGCCUGAUUAGCUGGGAGGACUAGUUAAAUUUCGAAGGCCUAAUUUACUGUAUUAAUUGCCUACAUGAAUUAGAAUUAUUUACUCUUGACAUUUUUUUA